CAGGCAGCCCACUCGAACGGGGCAGGCAGGCAGCGAGCGGGGCUCGGGCGGGACGGGCGGGGGACAGGGACGCAGCCUGCGGGGCUGCCGCCGCCCAGCCCGAACCCUGGAUUGCAGGAGCCCUUCACCAUGCCCGGCAGACUGUAGGUGCUUCAUGGAGCAAGCCAACUUCUACGAGGUCGACUCCCGGCCCCCGAUGAGCAGCGGGCAGCACCACCAGCUCCAGAGUCCCCUCGCCUACGGCUACAGAGAGGCUCCCUCGGCCGCACCUGCCGCGGGCGGCGCCGAGCUCGGCGACAUCUGCGACAACGAGAACUCCAUCGACAUCAGCGCCUACAUCGACCCCGCCGCCUUCAACGACGAGUUCCUGGCCGACCUCUUCCAGCACAGCAAGCAGCAGGAGAAAGCCAAGGCCAUCCUGGCCGGGGAUUUCGACUUCCACGGCAUGCACGGGGCCGGGGCCGCCGCCUCGGCGCCGGGGCACCCGCAGCAGCCCCCGCAGCAGCCGCUCUUCGGCUGCGUGGCCGGCUACAUGGACGGCAAGCUCGACCCCCUGUACGAGCGCAUCGCCGCGCCGGGCUUGCGGCCGCUCGUCAUCAAACAGGAGCCCCGCGAGGAGGAGGAGGCGGCGGUCAAAUCGGCCGCGCUGUCGGCGCUGUACCCGCACCACGCUCCGCAGCAGCAGCACCACCACCACCACCACCACCCCCCGUCGCACCUGCAGUACCAGAUCGCGCACUGCGCGCAGACCGCGGUGCACCUGCAGCCCGGGCACCCCACGCCGCCCCCCACGCCCGUGCCCAGCCCGCACCACCCGCCCCCGCCCGGCGCCCUCAAGCUGCUGCCGGCAGACCACCGCGGCAAGGCCAAAAAGACAGUGGACAAGAACAGCAACGAGUACCGGGUGCGCCGCGAGAGGAACAACAUCGCGGUGCGCAAGAGCCGCGACAAAGCGAAGCAGCGCAACGUGGAGACGCAGCAGAAGGUGCUGGAGCUCACCACCGACAACGAGCGGCUGCGCAAGCGGGUGGAGCAGCUCACCCGCGAGCUGGAGACUCUGCGGGGCAUCUUCAGGCAGCUGCCCGAGAGCUCGCUGGUCAAAGCCAUGGGCAGCUGCGCCUAGAGCCGCAGGGACUGCCCCCUCGCUGCGGGGCCGGCGGGCGCCGCCGGCUCUUGUCUUUUCCUUUUGAUUUGGUUUCGUUCCAUUCCUUUGGUUUGUUUUGGUUUUUUUUUUUUUUUCCUUAUUUUUUUUUUUUUUUUCCUCUUUCCCGACCGUUCCCGACCGAUCCGAGAAGCCAGGCAGCUGUAGUAAAGGUUUGUGCCUUAGGGAUGACACGCGAAUAAGCUGAAAACGCGGUGGGUUUUAUUAAGGAGAGAGGAGAGGGGAAGGAAGACGUUCAAAAGCCCACGUGUCUACACAGGGUAAAUAAUAAUAAUAAUAGUAAUAAAGCACACGUGGCAAUCCAGAUGUGCCUUAGAAGGUGGCCGCGGGAGCUCUGGGGCUCCCCGUCCCCUCCCGCCUGGCAGGCCGCGAGGAGAAAUGGGCGCUGGACGUGUGGGUUUGAAGGACGGGACGUCCCACGCGCCGGUGGGCCCGCGGCGCGGCGGGGGAGACGGGCCGGGACGAGGGGGCUCGAGGCCGCCUGGAGCAGCGAGGCGUGGGGCGGCCGCCGGACUGCUGCCGGGACUGCCCCGGCCUGGCUGGGCCUCUGCCCGGCCCUGUGCCGCCGCCGGACAGACGGACAGCCUGGACUGACGGAGCAGCAGCUCGCGAGGGAGGGCGGUGAGCUCCCUCCGUCGAAAGGAAGAGCGGCAGUGUCUUGUACUGUAUGUCACGACGUGGCGAAGCACAAAUGAAUAAAUACCUAUCGAUGCGGGUAUUUACUAUGAACUUCCAGUGUAUUUUGCUUUAUUCCAGGACAUUCAGCUCGUUUCCAAGUCCCCGUCUGCCCAAGCUGUGCCUCAUGUAAUGUGAAAGCCUUUCCGUGUAUACUAGCUACACUUUAUUUUUAUUGCAUUACUUCGAUCUUUGCCAUCACAUGACUUUCUUAUCUGGUGACAGAGACUAUGCCCUUGUGCUGCAACGUUAUUUUAUUAUUUGUGUGGGUGAGUGUGAGUGUGUGUUGGCUUCCCGGCGGCGUCCUGGGCUGGCCGCUGCCUCCGGAGCAGGGCCGCAGGGCUGCGGGACGCCGGCGGAGGUGCUGCGGCACCUUUGGACUCUGGAGCUUCUCCCAGGGUGAGAGAAAAAUAAACCAACAAACAAACAGACCCCCUUCCAGGGAGCGCGGGUGCCCGUGCAGAGCGUUUCUUCCUCGUGUCGUAGCUGCAGAAGAAUUCGCCUGGUUGGAAGAGUUGUGAUGGGAGAGGAGGACAAGGUGGAGAGGUGAAGCUGUUUGAAAGCCUGUGUCUGCGUGUGCGGGGUGCGUGUCUGGGGAUGUAUACAUGUAUGUAUAUGCACACACAUCAGGGGGGUUUUUUA